AUGGUAUAUAUUUCCCCAUACUUGUUUGAAAGGAAAUACUUGCAAGAACACACAUGUGGAAAAGUCACCAAUAGUUUACACAUCACCUUAUCGAGAGUAUUUUUUUUUUUUUUUUCUUUUUUUUUAAAAACUCUGAUUGAGCAUUUACACAGUCUCAAGUUCAAGCUAGAAAAGGAAAAAAAAAUACAAAAGAGGAAAAAGAAAAAUCUACAAAAGGGAGAGACAAAACAAAAAGAAAGUAAAAUUAAUGGUACUGGUGGAAAAAAUCAAAGUCAGCACAAAAAUGAAAAGGUACAAACGAGGGAAAUAUCCAAGAAGACAUUAAUGAGAAGUGAUGAUAUCCCUGUCGCAGAUGAUUCAAAAGGAGAUUAUGUGUGUCCCAUUCCGCAGCUAAUCAAGACCAUUGAAAUUUACAAACACAAAAAUGAAGAAGAACAAAGGGAAAAAAUUUAUUUAAUUGAAAAGUAUGAAAAUGUCCUAAGGAAAAUCCGAAAAAGACAUAUCCUCCAAAUUGGACAAAUAAAAAAUCAAGUACUCUUGGAUGUAGAUUUUUUAAUUCAAAAGUACAGGAACAUAUCAUUAGAACUGCUACAAAUUGGGCGGAAAAAGGAGAAGGAAAAAAGACAGGACAAGGAAAAAAUUACCAAAAUGUGCAUUAGUGCUUGCAAAAGGUUUGAAACGGAUGUGAAGGAAAGAGCAAAGACUUCCAUACAAACGUGGCAGACCGAAAUGGCCAAGUCUAUUAGUGACGAAAGGAGGGAAAAUGAAAACCUGAAAAAGGAAAUAUCAGAGCUGAAGAAAAAAAUACAUGAAAAGAAACAUAAUGAACAAAGCAGAGAAUUGAAAUUAUUACAAAACAGAAUAAGGGAAGAAUGUGCAAUAAAUGAGGAGCUCAAGAGUAUCAUUUCGCACGAAAGAAAAGAACACGAGAUGAACCUUAUCGAUCUUUAUUCAAAAGUGGAUUUGCAAAUAAAAAAUUACGAGGAAAAUAUCGUAAAGGUGUUCCAUGAUAUUCUCUCGAAAAACAAAAUCAACAUGGAAAGGGGUGAACUCUCUCAUUACAUUCAAGUGGCGAUGGACAUGCACUAUGAGAAGGGAAAUCCACUAAUGAAGUCUUGA